AUGGGCAACGUGUGUGGCUGUGUGCGGGUCCCCAAGGAGGAAUGUUAUGUGGACCCCACCAAAGCUCCGCUCAGCCCCAAGUCCAAAGAGCUCCGUGGCCGGCGCUACUUUCAAAGGAAGAAGAAGAGGAAAUUGGGGGAGUUUCAGCGGCCGGAAUCACUCCGGAGCCUAGGGGGAGAGAGGGUCCAGAGUGAGGAGGAUAUCCCCAGGAGGGUAGAGCUCCAGCAUGAAGCAGACAUGGGCAUCAGGGAGAGCCAGGUUGGGAUGGAGGGAGCACCGGAAGGGGAGACACCCAGACCCAGGCCAAAUGUUGGGGAGGUCCACAAAGUUCCUCUUGGGAAGAAGUUAGCAUUGCAGUCGAGCCAAAUUUCAGCACACCAGACAGACAGAGAGGCAAAGCUCCAUGGCAUCACCAAGACCUCCAGGAGUAUCGCUCCUAAGGACGGCCUGCUGGAAAAGAAGCUGCCACAUAAGAAGUUGAGGCGGGCAGUGACAUUCGGAGCCGUGGAGCAUAUGGUCCAGACCCUGAGAGGAGACAACGACAGAUCGGGGAACCUAGAAGAGCUCCCCAAAAUCAUAUGGAGCACUCAAGUUCACAAGAGGAGGAGGGCCCACACCUGCUAUUUCGGAAGAGGGUCCCUCUCUCCAGAUUAUCUGGCGUCUUUCCAAGCAUCUGCAAAGUGUACAUCCGCCCAACAAGAGGUAAACCAAGCACAAGCUAUUUAUAGCCAGCCAAUAUGUGUGGACUAAAAUGUAAUGUGCUACUGUAUCAGUAGCCUGCUAUUGUAACAAUGGCCAUAACUACAUAUGAGGACACCGAGUUCCGGACCUCGGUAAUGUUUUCUAAUUUGAAAAACAUUUAAAUAUAUAUUUUGUACCAAUAAAGAAAAAUGGGUCAGCAUGUAAAUAUCGCUCCCAGCGUUGAUCAAAGCUCAGAGCGCAUAUAUUCUUGAUCUGACAGGUCUAAUCUCGUCUGCCUCUUUGCGAACGAGUGGAAUCAGGAAGACUGGUUUGUUCGUUAUGUUUGCCUGCAUCCCCUGGAUUUGUCUCCCGGAUGUGCUUAUUUAGCAGCUCAUUCACCACUCUCUGAAACGGCUAACUCCGCGCUCUCGCAGCACAGGCUGAGCGCCUGAGAUGUGAAACGAGCUACCCCAGCUCACAGUCUGCUCAAGUAGCCAACUAGAGACGCUGCUGACAGUGUGUUUGUGAAAUGCCGGACAAAAGGCAAUUUAAAAACCAUCCUGCGUCGCCUGCCGUGUCUUCAGACAUCCCCAAACAAACAAAAUCCGACUCUCGGAGAAUGAGUGCACAACUGGUAAAUAGUCGCUUAUACUGUAGAUAUGUCAGUCAGUCAGGUGGCUAGAGACUUCUAUUGCAGUAACGUUGAAGGGCUCUGGCUAGUAUUACUUAGCCAGUUAGAAGGAUGAAGUAAGAAGCUAACAUUAAACGGAGCCUACCUCAGCAGCAGCAAAAACUAUGCUACAUAAAAAAUAAGCUACAUAAUACAUUUGCUUUAUAGAGAAUAGGCCACUGAGACAAACAGUGAUGUGGGCAUGUGGCACUCAGUGGUGAGGCUAAGGUAGGCUUCAAUGCAUGCAGGAGGAAGCAGAGGAGACAGAGAGAGAGAGAGAGGAUGCAAGCAGAGAGAAAGGUUAGCACUGUGGUUCCCAAACUUGGGGCCACAGCCCCAUGUGGGGUCCCCUGAUAAAUCUGUAGUAAUCUUGUCAAACAAAAAUAGAUGAUAUGUUUCAAUAUGAACAUCUCCACAUGGCCUAUCUUCCCUAUAGGCCUACAUUAAAAUGCAAUCAACAUGCAAACAAUACAGUUCUAAAAAUGUCAUAGGUUUUUGUUCGUCACUGAUGCUACGUGUCAGUGUGACUCAUUUCUCAUAUUUCCCUCUAUCAGGGUAUAAUAUUACAAUUGUAUAGCUAACAAUGUGUUUGUAGAUGGACAGAGGUGAAUGAAGUUACAGCAACCAAUGUGAUAUUGGCUGUGGUCUUUUUGCUUGUUUUUUGCUGUUCUCCAAAUAGCGGUAAAGCUUGAACUCAUUUACUGCAGGUUCAACCCCAACCCCCCUUCUCCCAUCCCGGACUUCACUAAAACUCAAACCCUGGUUAUGGCCCUGAUGUAACUGUAUAAUACUGUACAGCUGGUGACUUGGUUUGGUUGGUCUUACAUGAUACAGAUGUAGGAUCUUAAUUUGAUCACUGUUUUGUUACUGAGAAUGUUCCUGCACAGCAGGAAACGCAAACUUGUGGAUUUUAGGUUUAAAAAGGCUUCUAAAGUUUGUAAUUUCCACUUUGAAAUUUCAGACUUGAUUUGCCCUAAUGAAAAAAAUAUCAACCCAUACAAAAAUGUCAAUUAAUUAUAAUCCACAUAAUAAUUCACAUAUCCUGUUGCUGCAGGAUUAUUUUCCUGCUGUAGCAAACUGGCUCAAAAUAAGAUCCUACAUCUGUACAGAUGCUUUCGUAUGUUUUCAUUCUUCUGUGAAGUGUUGUUCCAUUGCAGUGGUGUUGCAUGGAGACAGUGUUUGAGUUGAUGUGUGAUUUGGCUUCACGGCACAAUCUUUCCCUAUACUGUACUGGCAGACUGCUAACCGCCAUUUUCUCUCUAAAACCAUUCAGAAGACCACUAUAUUUAUGCAAUGACAUAGUGGAAGAUCCCUUUUGAGUCAAACAGCAGCAUAACUGGCAUCAUCACAUGCUGUGAUGUAGAGCUGUAAUAUACAACACAUGGACACAUAGAUCAUUACAAAGCGCUGUGUAGUUAACUAACUUGUUUCACUGCUAUUCAUUCUCCUCACAAGAUAUUUCACUCAGCAGUGUUUCUUGUGAGCCUCACCUCAGCUCGAGCUUGGCUACUAGGGUUCUAUCAAACCUUGUUUUAUGGAAAAAUGUUUUUUUUUGUGUGUGUAUACAAUGUGUUUGCUGUCAACUUAUUUGAUCUUAGUGAUGUAGUAUACUUCAGUGAUAAACAGCUCGCAUUUGGAGAGUUUAUUUGUUCUUUGAAUCUCCUUGAAAUGUUGAUGUUAUGAUUACUGAAGUCCAUGCAACUUACUUCUCAGACACAGCUUAUGUCAAUGUCUGUGUUUUGCUACUCCAUUUUCCAGCUUUCAGAUUCUAAAGUAAAAUAUCCCAAAGACAAGUUACCAGUUUUCAUUGAAUUUAGACCCACUUGCACUUGAUCACGUAGAAUACGUCAACCAACACAAUAAUGAACAAUCAUAUGUGUCAAAUGUGCCUGUUAAAACCUGGUGGUUAAUCUGAGUAAUCCUGAUAUGCAUACAGCAGCAGUUCUGAGAAAUAUCCCAUAUUCCAUUUGAUGUAAAAAAAAAAAAGAAAGAAAGGGGAAACAGAGAGAAAAUAAGGUAGUUGUCUUUCCCCACUAGCACUGACUGCUAAUAACUACUCUGAGGGAAAAUGUACUUGCUACGACUGUGAUAUGUGGUUGUCUCACCUAGCUAUCUUAAAAUGAAUAUACUAACUGUAAGUCGCUCUGGAUAACAGUGUCUGCUGAAUGACUAAAACGUAAAUGUAAAAACCAAAGGAAGCAGCUUAUCGCGGCAAGACCACUAUUUCCCAUGACGUAAUUCCAAGUAUAGGAAAGUGUAACAACCUUGUGGUCAUGUGGGUCAUUUGAGCAAUUUAUAUGAUCCUUUUAGCAUGCCCCCAAAUCUACUGAACAAGGCUGCUACAAUAUCUCACAUUAUUUCUCUCAACCUUAGUUUCAAUGUCCAUCUUUUCUAGCUCAUCCACCAGAUUGUGAAAGUGUAACUAGGUCAGCAUUGCCUAAGCGAAACAUGAAACAUGACAACACAGCAGGAGUGGUUCAAAGGUCACUUCCUGUUGUCAAGGUCAGAGGUGAUGAUGUUGUUCUUCCAGCUCCAGAUACAUGUAAUUGCUACCUGAUGUCAACUGAGUUGAAGCAACAGGGGAAUGUGUUUGGUUUUAGGUCAUUACACCCUCACUCUUUAACCCGUGCCAACAAAUGCCUUAUUUAUUAGCCAGCUGUAUGUCUACACUGCCAAUUUUACAUUUUACAACCAAAUAUGGAAAUAUGGAGGUGUACUGUAUGUCUUGGAUUUCGUGCAGACAAUUAUCAUGUGUAUUCAUUCAUUCAGCACAUGAUCAUGUGUGUUAGAAAAUUUAGGUUGUUAUUAGUUAUUCUACGUGUGACUCUAGUAAUGCUGUUCCUGACAUCUGAAAAAUGUCCCUGAAGUAUUUUUUGGUCUGUCUCAUCCAUAUGUUUGAUGGUAAUUUAGGUGUUUGAUGGUACAGAUGUAGGAUCUUCAUUUGAUCACCCUGUUGCAGGAGAACUUUCCUUCAAUGCAGGAAAUAUAAAAUGUGUAGUGUAUUUGAGGUUUAAAAAGGCUUCUGAUGUUUCCCUUAUGAAAAAUCUAUCAACCCCUACAAAAAUGUCCAUUAAUUAUAAUAAUUCACAUUUCCUGUUGCUGCAGGAUUAUUUUCCUGCUGUAGCAAACUGGCUCAAAUGAAGAUCCUACACCUGUGCUGUAGGUGUAAUGACACUAACAGCUGUAUUAACUUGUUUGUGUUGUUCCUCUCCAGAUCUCGGAGAUCCAUGUUUGCGGGGAGUCGGAGGACAUGACAGCCAAGGAGCGUCUGCUGAUGUGGUCCCAGCAGAUGACCGAGGGCUACGUCGGCGUACGCUGUGACAACUUCACCACCUCCUGGAGGGACGGGAGGCUGUUCAACGCUAUCAUUCACAAAUACAGGUAACACCAUCAUUCACAAAUACAGGUAACACCAUCAUUCACAAAUACAGGUAACACCAUCAUUCACAAAUACAGGUAACACCAUCAUUCACAAAUACAGGUAACACCAUCAUUCACAAAUACAGGAAACACUUGAGAUACAGAACCUGUAUCUGAAAAAGAGACCCCUGUAUCACCGAUAUUUUUAUUUGAAAAAUAUAUUCCAGCGCAGUGGCCUUCUUGAAUGCUCUACAAUGCUUUUUUAAUGGAUAUUUCAAACAUUUUUCCCGUCAUUAGUCUUUCAUCAGGGUUUAACUGUAAUAUCACCUUAGAAGUAUAUUCCCAGUGUAUAAUAACAACAAUAUACAUAACAACAUAACUAUUUUCCUCCUCUGUUGACUUGCUGAGUCAUGUCUGCGGUUCACCACCACAUUUUGAAUCAUAGACCUCUCUGUUUCCCAUCUUUCCAAUGAGGCAGUACUUAGUGGUUUUGACUACCGGUAGUCAUUAGGGGGCUGUUGGCUUUUCAGUUAGAUAGUAUCGGAUUUCAGUAUGACCCAGUACACUCUACGUCAGUGUUUCCCAACCCUGGUCCUCCAGUACCCCCAACAGUACACGUUGUUGUAACCCUGGUCAAUGUCACAUUAUUAUUUGCAGUCCAAUCAUUCUCAAGUUCAAUGGACACAUAACCAAACACAAGUUAUUGAUGUAUGUGUGGGUCAUGUAGAAUUGUUUUACUUAACCAUUGACCUAUGUUGGGCUGGCCUAACUGUCCUUGUCUCUUGAGCAAAAACAGAUUUAUUUCACUGGAAAGUCUGGGACUGCACUCUGUCCCUAGGCAUUUCCUCUGUAGUUAGCUUACUAUUUACAGGCUUAUUGCAUUAUGUUACAGGCUUAUAUUACAUUAUGUUACAGGCUUAUAUUGCAUUAUGUUACAGGCUUAUAUUAAAUUGUUACAGGCUUAUAUUACAUGAUGUUACAGGCUUAUAUUGCAUUAUUUUACAGGCUUAUAUUACAUUAUGUUACAGGCUUAUAUUACAUUAUGUUACAGGCUUAUAUUGAAUUAUGUUACAGGCUUAUAUUGCAUUAUGUUACAGGCUUAUAUUACAUUAUGUUACAGGCUUAUAUUACAUUAUAUUACAGGAUUAUAUUACAUUAUGUUACAGGCUUAUAUUACAUUAUGUUACAGGCUUAUAUUACAUUUUGUUACAGGCUCAUAUUACAUUUGCUAGUCAUCACACUAAAACUUUCCUCCAAACAAAUAUUUGUGUUCCUUGCUAAUUAAACAAAACUAUUCAAGAAGUAUAGUGUGUGCUGAAACUGCCGAAAUAACCUAAAACAUGACAAUGCAAACCACCCUAAAUGAUUAUUUGCCAAAAUACUACAUUUGUGCCCUGUCUCUUCCAACAUUAUCGCAUAUUAACAUUUCAUAAAACAGAAAGCAGUCGAUCUUAACGAGCUCCCACUGGUAUGUUCUCUUCCAUUGCAGGCCUGACCUGGUGGAUAUGGCCGGAGUGUCGGCCCAGACUAGCCGGUCAAACUUAGAACAGGCCUUUGGUGUGGCUGAACGGCUUGGGGUGGCCAGACUACUGGACCCUGAGGGUGAGUUCUUCUGUUUAUCCACAUGCUCUUCUCUAACGGUUUGUUUGCCACUGCAGGUUAACAUUCUCCAAGCCAUAGACACCUCUCUGCUACGGUAAAUCAGCUGGAAGAAAUGCAAUGCAUUAUUACCAGAGGGAGGAGAUGUCUUCUAAGCACAGCUUUACUUACUGACUGUUAUUUGUUUUAUUAUAUGGACGAUGCUUUACAAAAUGAAAAAGACACAACACGUAGAUGAGAUACAUGAGAUUCAAAUCAAACAUUGUAUUCAUGUCUGAUUAUAAAUACUCCAUUGUAUUCAUGUCUGAUUAUAAAUACUCCAUUGUAUUCAUGUGUGAUUAUAAAUACUCCAUUGUAUCAUGUACCUUACGACGAUCACGUUGUGUAUUGGGUCUUAUUUCACCUUUUCUCACCAGAUGUGGAUGUGCAGACUCCUGAUGAGAAGUCGGUCAUCACAUACGUCUCCACACUGUAUGAUGUCUUCCCUAAAGUACCUGAUGGUGUUGACGGUAUCAAUGCAAAUGUACGUACAUGAUGAACAGAUUAUUGUACGGUGCACUUAAGUGUCCUAUGUGAGUAGAGUUAUGGGAUCGGAUUUCAGUAUGACCCAGUACACUCUACGUCAGUGUUUCCCAACCCUGGUCCUCCAGUACCCCCAACAGUACACAUUGUUGUAGCCCUGGUCAAUGUCACAUGAUUAUUUGCAGUCCAAUCAUUCUCAAGUUCAAUGGACACAUAACCAAACACAAGUUUGGUUAUGUGUCCAUCAGGGAUGUAGGUCAGUUGGUAGAGCAUGGCGUUUGCAACGCCAGGGUUGUGGGUUCGAUUCCAGUAUGAAAAAUAAUAAUAAUAAUAAUGUAUCCACUCACUAACUGUAAGUCGCUCUGGAUAAGAGCGUCUGCUAAAUGACUAAAAUGUAAAUGUAGUUAGAAAAUAGUUUUAUAUUUCAAAUACUGUAUGAUGAAGGCAAAAUACACAUCUCAAUACAAAGCAACAAUUUCCUAUUGUCAUCAUGGGUUGACUUGUAUCUUUGUAGCCAUUGACUGCGGUCUAUGCUGUCCUCUUGAAAGCAAAACCAGUACAAUGUGCUUUUAUGAAUUUGAUUAUCACCAUGGGACUUCACCAUGGUUAAAUCAACCACUGCAUGUACAGUAUAUUUCACACUUACAUCCUUUGAACUCACACCAGUUAUACAUCUUUUGGCAUGACUUUGGCAUACAUUCUUGACUUUAUUCUUGACUUGGUUCUCGACUGCGAUUCUAAACUUGAUUCUUGGCUGUGAUUGGGCACGGAUGUUAUAUGCACAUAUGCAUUCCAUUGCAUCACUCAUAUGUCUAAGAGAAGGCAUUUUAUUCCGUCUGGCUUUGUUGAGGCAAAUAAGUCUGGAAGCCUGAGAUGGAUGCUUAAAGGGAAUAUUUAAGUGCUGGAACCCCUCCCAGAACAUUGUGUAAAUGUUGUUUAGAGGCUAUGGAAGAAUGCUAAACUGUGAGUACUCUAGUAACCACAGUAAAGAACCUUAACUAGAGAUGUAGGAUCUUAAUUUGACCCAGUUUGCUACUGCAGGAAAAUAAUCCUGCAGCCACAGUAAAUGUGAAUUAUUAUGUGGAUUAUAAUUAAUGGACAUUUUUGUAGGGGUUGAUACAUUUUUCCUAAGCGAAAAUCAGAUCAAAAAUUUCAAAGUAGAAAUAAAAAAUGUCAGAAGCAUUUUUAAACCUCAAAUUCACUACAAGUUUUAAAUUUCCUGCGUUGCAGGAAAGUUCUCCUGCAACAGGUUUAUCAAAUUAUGUUCCUACAUCUGUACUUCUUGUUGUAGAUUAGUUUGUAUAGUACGAAAUAUUCAAAGCAAUAUUAUGACAAGCUGUUGUUUUGCACAUUGUACAAUGCCAAUAUUUGCAGAUGCCCUAUAGCUCUAACAUGUAUUGCUUGAACGACACAAUACGCUCUACACCAAGAACUUGGUCCAUUUAGAAAAUGCACCCAUCCCUGCAUGAGCCAAUGUAAGGAUGAAAACUGAUAUGUUUAAUAAUCCGAUUUUCUUCUUGACAGGAUGUUGAUAUAAAAUGGGUAGAGUACCAGAACAUGGUGAAUUAUCUGAGCCAGUGGCUCAAACACAACGUGGCAGUGAUGUCAGACAGAGCGUUCCCUAACAACCCAGUGGAACUCAAGGUAAAGCAAAAAAAUACAAUUUGAUUACAGAUCAAAUGCAGCUUGAAUUUUCAGCCAUACUGAAUGGUAGAACUAGCCCUAGUUUGAUCAAGAAUUUACCUCCAAAUAGCAUCCAAUGUCUGGUGUGUUUGUCUGGUUGGUUUUCAGUUAGCUGGAUAUCAGUUUAUAGUGCUUGGCCCUGAAAGCCUGAGGCGAAGUACCCAAGCUCUCUGAGGCUUCAAAUAGCCAAUAAGUAGCGUCCCUCUCAUGUUAAUGAAAUAUUAAAGCGAUAUUGACGGGUAUCAGAGAGCUUCUCCGUUUACUUCAAAUAGUCCACAGCUGCUAAGACGACAGGAGCUCUGUGUGGUACAGCCAUUUCAAAGCAGACGAGUGUGAGUAUACACACUGAGAUUAGAUGAAUAUGUAAUAGCAUAGACAAAAUGUAUUGAUUCUAUAUUUCUUAGAUAUUUUGCUAUGUUAACAUUGAACAAAAUUAUUAUUAUUAUUUUUUUUUACAGGCACUUUAUACACAGUACUUGCAGUUUAAAGAGAAUGAAAUCCCGCUGAAAGAAACUGAGAAGAGCAAAAUCAAGCAUCUUUACAAAAUGCUCGAGGUAUGCUACCGCGACAUACACUCGGUUGUUCUUUAGUGCCUGUAAACUCUUUCUGAACCAACAAACUACAAUGAACUUCACUAAGAUGUUGCUGUGCGUGUGUUGGGGUACAGGUGUGGAUCGAGUUUGGUCGUAUCCAGCUACCUCAGGGAUAUCACCCCAACGAUGUGGAGAAGGAAUGGGGCAAACUGAUCGUGGCCAUGCUGGAGAGAGAGAAGAGCCUGAGGCCUGAGGUGGACAGGUAUGAAGGAUCAUCCUUCUCAUACUGCAGGAGCACCACACACUGCUGUGAUUUAUAAUACCGAUCCCAUACUUACAUGAUAGCAAUAAGUCAGAGCUAACUAAGAUUGAAGAUUUGAACCGAUUGCAAUGACUAUGCCAAAAGGUAUUUAAUGAUUGGUUUCAGGGUCAGUGGUGAGUGCUCUUGAUUUAAGACACCCUUUUUUAUUAUUAGACUUUAGUGUCAUAUUUCUGUUUAAGGAUGUGCAGUAAUUGGAUUAUUCUGAGGUUCAUUAAAUUACAUAGUCUUUACACUUUUACAUGUUGUGGUCUGUGGUUUGGUGAACUGCUGAGUUCUUCAAACUGAGGUGUUGUAAAAUCAUGCGUCUUUCUCGUAUCUCUUUAUAUCUAAAACACACUGUCCAUGUCUCUUGUCAGGUUUGUAGGCAUUACUUGUGGUGUGAGUCCAUGCCUAUCGGUUUAAGCUAUUCAGUGAUGUUUUUUUAGGUACUUUUGAUUUUAAGUGCUGAUGGUGGGUGUGCCCAUAAUUUUUUGUCAACAUCAGUUUGCUUAUGAGCUGACAUUCUGACACAGUCACAGGCAACUCUUGUACUCUUACCAUGUCAUCAUGCAUCUAUCAUUCUUGGACUGCAGGUACUAUUUAUGUUGGAAAUCACCUGGCUUGUUGAUAUCAGGUAAUGUUGUGUGAUAUUAUGUAGAUAAUGAUUGUCUAUGCAGACCAAUAGAGGCCCAGUAGUAAGUGCCACACCCCCUGUUAAAGAGAAAAGGAAUGUCUGCAUCUCUGGUUCCCAUGGUGAUCUAAUCAGACACACAAAAAAGAUGACUCCUGUUACCAUCAACUGUUACUGUCUGAACCUGUAAUGGAUUGUGCAAAUGAUACCAUGAGGUUCUGUGGCCUAGGGCAACAUAUUCUUUAAGGGUGGGUUCCUGAACGUGAGGACAAGUACAGGCCUAUAAAAGAGGGGAGACGAAAACCCUCUGUGCCAGUUGGACCUGUGUGUGUGUGUCGCAUAUCGUUGGGGCUGAGUCUGUGCUGGAGUUCCUGUCUUAGAUGGAAGAGAAAUUAGCUAGUUAGUGUGAUUCUCUGAGUGGCUCGGUAUAGUCCUAUAGUCUUCCACCAUGCACAGCAACAUGGCAUACAACAUGGGAUACAGCAGUGUCUCAUCAGUUAGCAACAGCACUCUGACCAGCCUGGGUUCCUCUGAGAACCUCUCAGGACCAGCCAUGGAGCCACUGCUCUCCAGCACCCCAGCCUUUCCAGUGUUUCUCAAUAACAAUUCUUUCUAUGGACCAAGGUGAGGUUAACCAUUAGAAGUCAGGGCUGUCAGAGUUUUCUUGUUGUUGAUUUUUUUCUGCAGAGGCGAUUUUCAAAUGGAACUCUGAUGGCACUGCAUUGCCACAUCUGUUUUGUUUAUGUGGUAAAAUUACUUCUGUACAAUAUUUAUGUAAAUUGACUUGUCUUUUAGGCUUGAAAUGUUGCAGCAGAUUGCCACCAGGGUCCAGCGGGACUGUGUCACAGGAGAGGACAAACUAGCAUUAGCAAGAGCAGCUCUGCAGUCUGUAAGUACCACAUUGGAACAGCAUGUUUACCACACAACCUCAGAAUACUCCAGGUCCUGCUUUUACUUAUGUUUAUUUGUUGAGGCAAAUUUUGUGUGUCUUUAUUUUUUAAUAUCAUUAUUGUUAUUGAACUUUGUAAUAGAAAAGUAAAUGACCCAAAAAAAAUUCUCAGGAUGCUAAGAGGUUAGAGUCUGGGGUCCAGUUCCAGAAUGAGGCAGAGACUGCUGGGCACCUUCUGGAAUGUGAAAACCUGCUGAGACAGCAGGUGGUGGAUAUCCAGAUUCUACUGGACGGGAAGUACUACUACUCUGAUCAGCUUGUUCAAAGGUACAAACUCACUGCUUUCUUAGAAAUUAAGGAAACAUUUGUUGUGAAAUGUUGAUUGUAACAUAGUGUAGGGAAUUUCAACAACAAAACAUUCUGAAUGAUAAGCACCUCAUGUAAACUGAUAAAUGAUAAAUCAUGAACUAUAUUAAUAAACAUGUCAUUGUGUGUUGUGUAACUUUUGUGUAUGAUCUAGGGUAUCCAAGCUUCGUGACGACCUGCUGGGCCUGAGGGCAGAGUGUUCCUCUGUGUACAGCCAAGGACGCACCCUGACAACCGAACAGACCAAGAUGAUGAUCUCAGGCAUCACUCAGAGUCUUAACUCAGGCUUCUCCUCCUCGAACCUCAAUUCCAGCCUCACCCCAGCCCUCACCCCUGGAGGCCUGGGAACCCCCGGUUCCACCUUCACCUCCAUCCUGACCCCGGGCCUCACCCCUGCCCUGAGCCCCGCCUUGACCCCCGGCGGCAUGCAGCCCGGCUCGGUGCAGGCCUACAUGGGGGGCGGAGGUAUGGACCCGGGGGACCUCCAGCACCUCAAACAAAUGCAGAUCCGCAAGCCCCUGGGCAAGUCCUCACUAGUGGACCCCAACAUGACCGAGGAUGAGGUCAACAUGAACUUUGUGCAGGACCUGAUCAACUGGGUGGAGGAGAUGCAGGUGAGGACAUAGCGAAGCUCCGGUGUCAGCUGUCGAUUUUAUUUAUUUUUCCUUAUUUAUACAGGUUGUCUCAUUGAGAUUAAAAUAUAUGUUUUACAAGAGACCUGUUCACUAUAAUGUUAGUAUAAUUCUGUACAUUUUGAUAUUUGUGAUUUAGACAUUUGAGACCAAUUCUGAAUAGUUUUGUCUUCCUUUGAAGGUGCAGUUGGAUCGUGGAGAUUGGGGGUCCGAUUUGCCAAGUGUGGAAACACAUUUAGAGAACCACAAAGAGGUUCACAGAACCAUCGAAGAAUUUCAAAUGAGCCUUAAAGAAGCCAAACUUAGUGAGGUAUGUACAAGCAACUGUCAGCCUAUUCUGAUAUUCUAGUCUGGAAAAAACUUCAAAAUAUCUCUGUGCAUCACAUUCAAUUGUUUUGUUUUGAGUGUAAACUCCUUAAUGCUGCAAGGUUUUUAAAUGGCAACGAAUAUAAACAUAUGGUAUGUCUCUUUAUCUCAGAUUCAGAUGACCCAAAAACUAGGUUAUUCUGAGAAACUGGACAAAUUAGAAACCCAGUAUGGGAAGUUACUGGUAAGUAUCCUGUUAAAAUCCUUGGCACUCCUAGGUAACAAAAUAAUCCCUUCACUGCUUUGUUGAAUACCACAUGGAGAUUCUAUUUCCCAUGGUUCUGUGCUUCUGUAGAACUGUUCGCGGGAGCGUCAGAAGAACCUGGAGAGCCUCCAUGACUUUGUGUCGCGAGCCACCAUGGAACUCAUCUGGCUCAAUGAGAAAGAGGAGGAGGAGGUCGCCUUCGACUGGAGCGAUCGCAACGGCAACAUCUCCAAGAAGACAGAGUACCACGCUGUGAGUCCCUCCACUGUUCAGCUCAUUGUAUUUCUAUUUUGUUAAUAGAAUAUUUGGCUAUUCGGGCACAUCUGAGCAUAACUCAGUUCAUAUUCAUUAUUGUAGAUAUUUUAGAAUGAGUUGAAUAUUAUAAACGGUUAAGUGAAACCGUAGAGCUAUUCAUUAAUGGCAUGGAUCCACCAUUGGCAUGUAUAGCCUUUCCACAAGGAAGUGGGUUUGACUCUCUAGACCUAAGGGACCUUGAGGUGAUCAUAUCUCCUAGGGUGAUGUGUUUUCUCAUGUUUCGCAUAGGUGGAAAGGAAUUACAGGGGCUUGUUUUGGGCUUACAGCAUACCAUUAGAAAAUACCACUGGGAGUCUAUAUUACUGACGUUCUAUUCAGCUUGAUUCAGUUAAUCAGUUUGACAUCUCUCCAAACUACUUUAUUUCCAGCUGGCAUUUAGAAAUGCAUGUACGUGCUCCUGCAAAUCAUGGUGUUAGUAGAGGGGAGGGGAUUGUUCUCAGGCCAUGUUUGGAUUCCGUGGAUGCAGUGUGAUGUCUCUGUCUCUCUGUCUCUCUGUCUCUCUGUCUCUCUCUCUCUCUCUCUCUCUCUCUCUCUCUCUCUCUCUCUCUCUCUCUCUCUCUCUCUCUCUCUCUCUCUCUCUCUCUCUCUCUCUCGUUAGGAUCUGAUGAGAGAGUUGGAUGAAAAGGAGGAGGUGAUCAAGUCUGUACAGGACAGGGCAGAGAACCUUCUGCAGGAGAACCACCCUGCCAGGUUAACUAUUGAAGUAAGCCCUGUCUGUGUUUACAGAUGUCACAUAACCACUCCAGAACCAUGUGAUAUAAACUCCUUUUAUGAUAAAUCCGUUAGAUUGUAAUUGUCAGAUAAUGUGGUAAUUUGUCCAUUAAAAUAUAAAUAUUAUUACUAAUUUUCAGCUAUCAAAACCGGCAUAAGUGCUCAAUAAUAUUGUAUAUUUCAAUUGCUUCACUAACCUGUUCCAACAAGAACAAUUAUACAGUAUUUUUAAUUCUAACAUAUUUAUGUGUGGAAUACUCCAGGCAUACAAAGCAGCCAUGCAGACCCAGUGGAGUUGGAUCCUACAGCUCUGCUCUUGUGUGGAGCAGCACCUCAAAGACAACACAGUCUAUUUUGAGGUGAGUUAGUUAUCUGCUUUCCUCAAACAAAUGGAUGGAGGCCUGCUAGUUGCAAAAAGCUCAUCUGAUCAUCUUUUUCCCUUCCAUAUAGUUUUUCAAUGAUGCCAAAGAGUCCACGGAUUAUCUGAAGAGCCUACAAGGUGACAUCCAAAGAAAGUAUGGCUGUGAUCGGACAAGCAGCGUACACAAGCUGGAGGAUCACAUUCAGGAGUCCAUGGUAAGCUGGCAAAUAAAAACUGGUUGGUACACAAUCAUUAGCCACAUUCCCAAACUAUGUUGUUAAAUGAGACGCAUGGAUCAAUCUCGUGGACUGACAUGGUCAGAAAUCCAAAUAUGGUUCCAAAUGAAUACCCUACCAUUAAAGAUGAACUAACUAUCCCUGUGAGAGCUGGUGUGGUAUCGUAAUCCCCCUGUGUUUGACUGGUGCUGGAACAGGAUGAGAAGGAACAGCUCCUCCAGUACCGCAGCACAGUGGCUGGGUUGGUGGGCAAGGCCAAGGCCAUCGUCCAGCUCAAGCCUAGGAACCCAGAUACCCCUGUCAGGUCUUCCAUACCCGUCAAAGCCAUCUGUGACUACCGACAAAUAGAGGUGCUAUGUCUCUUUUUAAAGAUAUUUAAUACUGUUCUUUUUCGGUCUAUUCAAGUAGUUCAUCACAAGUCACAUACUUUGAGUCUUCACACUUAUAUUCUGUAGUAACAAGAUGUGCAUUGAUCUCUAAGGAAUGUUUAUAGCCAUGUUAAAUCGAGGUAGAUGUAUUUAGAUAGCAGAUCAAAAGUUUGAUACUUUGAGUUGAUUUGGAUAGAUUUCAGAGUGAAAUGGUAGAGUCGUUUUGAUUUGUCAUGUCUCACUUCGUCUCUCCUAGAUCACCAUCUAUAAAGAUGACGAGUGUGUCCUGGCCAGUAACUCUCACCGGGCCAAGUGGAAGGUGAUCAGUCCGUCUGGGAACGAGGCCAUGGUACCCUCUGUCUGCUUCACCGUGCCUCCACCCAACAAGGAGGCUGUGGACCAGGCCAGCAGAAUUGAGCAGCUGUACCAGAAUGUCCUGGCUCUGUGGCACCACUCCCACAUCAAAAUGAAGAGCGUGGUCUCCUGGCACUACCUAAUGGCUGACGUCAGAGCCAUCCGCAACUGGAACGUUUCCUCAGUACGUUAAUGCUUAUCUACUUAAUCUACUUCUCAAGAUAAGUCCCCAUUAGCAACACUUAAACCCUAGUAUUACAGUGAUAGAGGUAUAAUUACGUGUCAUCGUCUCAUUUAGGUCUUCACAGAAAAGAUAAUUACUGUUAUUGAGCCUAAUGUUUCCCAUAUUCACCAACAUUACCUGCAAUUUCAUCAUUAUAUUGCAGUUUGUGCUGGCUGUACCUUUUCAGAGAACAUUUCUAUAAGGUUUCAAGGUGUGGGUCUGUCUCAUGUGUUUUCCCCUGUUCUCCCCAGAUUAAGACCAUGUUGCCAGGCGAGCACCAGCAGGUCCUUAGCAACCUGCAGUCCCACUUUGAGGACUUCCUGGAGGACAGCAAGGAGUCAGAGGUGUUCACUGUGGCAGACUGUUCCCAGCUAGAGAGAGAGGUGCUGGCCUGCAAGGACUACUACGAGGAGCUGCUCAAGUCUGCAGAGAGAGGCAAGGCUAAGCAAAGAUAG